CGUCUUUGCAUCCCCAAAGCAUCAGGCAACAUGACCCUCGCCAAGCUUUUCAUUGCUACCCUCGCCGGACUCUCCAUCUUCGUGUCGGCCGCAACGCAGGAUCCCAAGUGUGUGAACGCCGGAGGCAUUUGCCAGGCCACCACCUCCUCCUGCGACGGCGGCUACGUGACCAACUACUGCCCCAGCUCCGGCGACUCCAUUAAAUGCUGCGUCCCCACCAACGAUGCCAAGUGCAAAGGUAUCGGCGGAACAUGCAAGUUCACGUCCACGGGAUGCUCCAAGGGAUUCUUGACCAACUACUGUCCUUCCGGCGGUGAUGGCAUCAAGUGCUGCCCUCCAUCUGGCGGUGGUGGCAGCGGCCAGCCCUGCUCGCCUGUUCCCAAGACCCGUGCCGGUAUCGUUGCUGCCGCACUGUGGGCCCACAACACGGGCACGCACGCGACUUACACCCAAGGCGCCGGACGAUGGUCCGGAAUCGACAAUCACAUCUGCCCGCACAGCGGCAUCCCGCCCAAGAUGGAUUGCUCCUCGUUCGUGACUUGGGUUUACUGGAGUGCUUUCGGCAAUGGCGCUGAUCUCCUCAACGGCGAAAGCUGGAACGCCGGCUACACCGGCACCCUGAAAGACCACGGAACCGCCGUCUCCCUCUCCAACGCUCAGGUUGGCGACCUCGUCUUCUACGAGAACCCGGCGCACGUCACCAUCCUCGUCGACAAGUCCCCUGCUCAGGUCGUCAGUUUCGGAUCCAGCGGCCCUGUCAACUUGUUGAACAUCAACUACAGGACCGUCUCCCAGAUUAGGCGCUAUAAUCUGUUCUGAAGGAGCGGGCUCCUUUGUCGACAUAGAGGUUGCUGCAUCUAGAUUUCGUUUUCGUGCAUUUACAUUUCCAUGUGUGUUCGUUUUCCAUUCUGUGGACUUGGAUUUUAGAUAUCAAUGAUGAAUAUCAAAGACUUCUCAACAUACCCUAAUCGGGGCUUGAGGAUGCUGCAACGGAUCCUCCGCAUUUUUUGACAUUCUUCUCCACUGAAGGAGUGAAGUUCAUAAUGUCCUCAUAAUGUCCCCCGGGUACCUCGCGGUAUUGCAUCUGUACGCUGUCGGAAG